AUGGACCCGAAAGCAAACGAGGGUAUUCCCCAAACCAGCACCACCGCGGCUGCCGCCAGAGCCAGAGCCCCAGGCAGCGAGAAUGCAGCCAAAAAAACCCCAGAGGCAAUGGUGGAGUAUCUAGAUUGUCUAGAGAAGCUUGGCACUGUUGGAGAUAUCUCGGCAAGGCUGGUGACAUACUUCAACGUCUUCCAAGUCAGUCAUAACGAGAUGGCCGAGUAUUUCCGCGCCCUAGAGAUUCAUAUCAUCCCCUUCUUGGGGAAGUACGGAUAUGAGGAUCUAAAGCAAGCCAUCAAAGUCUCCUACGACACCUUCGUUGAUGAGGUUAGCUACCGUAUCAAUAACCCUGCUCAAGGAAAUGAGAAGGUUUCCGAGACUUACUAUGAACUCGUCAGCGUCAUCGACCGAGUCUUGAGUAAGGUCAUCAAGGACUUCAGCGAUGAUGAAGACGCCGGAAUAGCUACUGGCCCUGGCGGAAUUCAAGAUGGGGGCGGUGGUGCUGAUGAGGAAGGUGUUGGUGGGAAGGAGGUCGGAGGUGCCGACGCUGAGGAAAAAAAGAAAGAGAACGUUGACACGCUCGACUUGUCAAAGCUGUCCUUGGGCCCAGAAAACCCUGUCGUAAAGAAGAACAGGGACUGA